CCAAAAGCCUUUAAAUAAACAAAGCCUAUUGAGGGUUCUUGCUAUAUUGAUCAUUAAUCCAUUUGUAGAUUUAUAAUCAUCGACGCCAGCACCUAACAUGGCAGCAACAAACGUAAACCUCAAGCUUUUCAUAGACAGAAACGAGCAAACGGUGCUUUUUGCUGAAGCAGACAAAGUAUUUGUUGAUUUUCUAUUAAGUAUUUUCAUUCUUCCUGUCGGAGCUGUAGCUAGGCUUCUGAAAGAGGGGGGCAGCGUGGUAGGCAGCUUGCCAAGCCUCUACCAGAGUAUUAAAAAUAUGAGUGUUAAUUACAUCCAACCAGGCAAAAAUAAACUUUUUCUGCUAGAACCCAAAGUAAUCAUGCCCGGUGCUGAAGUUCCUCUCCUUUUGCCAAACGUUGGGUCAACUUUUCGUCAAUUGUAUAGGUGUCAGACCAUUUCCAGUAGUUGUUGGUUUUACGUUGCUGUUGACUAUAGCACAAUUUGUCCUUCGUGCAAACUUAAGAUGGACCGAAAUGUAAGAUUUGUAGACCCACCAAGCGAAAUCAGGGCAUCCUCCACUAGUGAGGAAGGUUACGUGAAAGAGACAGUUACAUACGUGGUGAUGGAUGAUCUUGAGGUGAAGCCCUUGUCCUCCACUACUCUUAUCUCUCUGCUUACCAAGUUUAAUGUCAAUGUCAACGAACCGGGGGCCAUUGAGGAGAAAGUCGUCGAUCUAGGCAUGGAUGAGGGUUUGAAAUUGGUCGAGGCUUCUUUGCAUUCAAAGACUGUUUUGACUGACGUCUUCAUUCCAAACAUGAUCAUUAAAGCUAGUAGCGAAGUCAAAGCCACAUAUCAUCAACCGAUGCCCAGAGCCGGAGCCACAGUGGCGGCCGAUGCCCCGGCCAGAUGGAUAUGAUAAAUCACAUACAACAGAUUGUGAUAAAGACAAUGACAAAGUCCUACCUUUGAUCAAACAGAAACUCUUGCAAGAAUAAUAGUUGAAGAGAACUACCUCUUAAAGAUAAUUGUAUAGAAUUAAGUUUCUAGCAGUUAUUGA